GUCAACCAACCCCUCACCGCCCAUGGCAACAUCAGUCCUUGAUGCCAGUUUCCACCCUCAGCUGGGCAAUGAACCUCGACACAUUGCAAAAACUGCUCAGGUUCCUCACUUUCCAGGUCCAAAUCUUUCGGAGCAUCUGUGAGAUGUAACAGGAUAAGCCUGGUGUAGGUAGGUCCCAUCCUGCAACCAGCAGGACCCAAAGAAUUCACUGCCACAGGACAUCCCCAGAGGUCCUCUGUCUAUUCCCCACUGGGUCAGAGGAGCUUCAGCAGCAUAAAGGAGACCAACACAAUAUCAGGCAGGUGGUCAUAAUGUUAUGUCUGUGAGGUAUUAGCAUCCUCUGGUGGUGUUUUUCUGGUACUACAUUUAUGGAGUCCAACCCCUUCCUCCUGCAGCUGCACACACUGAUAAUGAGAAUAUUGCUGUUUCCAUCGUGUAAUCACUCUUUUGCACGACUGUGACAGUCUUGGUGGAACUGUUGGAAUGUGUCCUCAUUAAAACAGCGUCAGGCUGAUAAACCUUGUGUUUGGAGCCGUCUCUGUGUUCCACGGGAGGACUAAUUAAGGUCGUCAGUGAACAACAUGGGAGGAGAAUGUGAAAAACAGUGAUCGGAGGGAGGAGUAACAGCAACAGAGCAGUGUCGACUGAACAGGUUGCCAAGAAGACGCCAAAAAAGCGGCUCCUGAGCUCUGCGUGUUCACUUUUGUCCUUUUGAUUUGUUUUGUUUUCACUGGCACUCAUCUAACUGGAACGAAAGCGAAAGCAGCCACAGGAGAGCGGGAAGUGUGACCUUAUUUCCCUUAUUUCUCAUCGUUCCAAGCCAAGUUUCUAGAGUUCAUUGCCAUGUCUGCUCCUGGUUACCCAGGCUCUCCCAACCAGGGACCCUACGCCAUGCCUCAGCCUGGCGGCCAUUCUGUAGCCCCUUAUCCAGUCCCCCAAGGAGGCUACGGAGAUCCUAAUCAGGCUCCACCACCAGGCUUCAACAUGGGCUACAAUGCAGGUCAGCCUCCUGUCAUGUAUCAGCCGGGAUCAGUGGGUCCUGGUCCAGUUCAGGGGCAGGAGUAUGGCGGCCCACCAGGAGGAAUCUCCCCGGCCCCAGUCGGGGGUUCACCUGCAGUUCCUACUGGGGUCCCACCGGGGCUCGAGUACCUCACACAGAUUGACCAGAUCCUGAUCCAUCAAAAAGUUGAACUCCUGGAAGCAUUCAUUGGUUUUGAGACUAAUAACCAGUAUGAGAUCAAGAACAGUCUGGGCCAAAAGAUCUACAAGGCCAAAGAGAAGAAUGACUGCUGCACCAGGAACUGCUGCGGCUCUCUGCGCAGCUUUGACAUGAAGAUCAAGGACAACAUGGACAGGGAGGUUAUCCGUCUCAUACGGCCUUUCCGCUGCGUUUCCUGCUGGUGUCCCUGUUGCCUGCAAGAGAUGGAGGUCCAGGCACCACCAGGAACCACCGUAGGGUACGUCAAACAAGACUGGCACCCUUUCCUGCCGCGAUUUUCCAUCCAGGGGCCAAACAAGGAGACCCUGAUGAAACUGGAGGGGCCCUGCUUUGCCUGCAACUGCUGUGGAGAUGUCAACUUUGAGCUGAAGGGGAAAGAUGGCGACCAUGUCAUUGGUCGCAUCAGCAAGCAGUGGAGCGGCCUUCUGAAAGAGGUCUUCACCGACACAGACAACUUUGGCAUCCAGUUCCCGCUGGACUUGGACGUGAAGAUGAAAGCUGUGCUCAUGGGAGCCUGCUUCCUUAUUGAUUUUAUGUUCUUCGAGAAGGUUGGGGAGGCCAAUCAGCGCAGCAGUGUGUUUUCAUAACGGAGGAAAAAGGAGCUUGAAAGAAUACUCCUCUCCUGUUACGCAUCGUCUGUGCUACGUUUUUCCACUUGUUUUUUUUUUUGUGCCAGUCCCAGAAUCAUCUUAUACACACACACUGAGUAAUAUGACCCGAAAAACUGAUUGAAUUUUAUGAAAGUUUGGUGACUGAUUCUAGCUGCUAAGUUGCCACCAUUUUUUACACUCCAUACAGUCUAGAGAUGUUUCUCUGUUUUUAACUGAAUGAGUAGACCUCCAAAUGAGACUUAUUCCCUGCCAAAGAAAGUCAAUAAUACCCUGAAUGCCUUUAUCAUAGUCUUAGAAACCAGUAAGUGCACACAUACUUGUGAAUGUGCUUGAUGCUAUGCUGGUAUUUCAUAUUUGUCCCGUUUGUUUUUCGAUUUUUGUUGUGCUUUAGGAAGAAUGCCAGUAAGUCCAGUAUAAGUGCAAUUUUUUUGUUGUUGUUGAAGCUAUAUCCAUUCCCUUGUGUUUUUUUUUUUAAACAAAAAAAGCAGCUAGCUUAUGGCGCUAUCACACAACCACUAUGAUCUUGACAGAGUUUGUACAGACAUCCAUUGUCCAUACUGACUUUGGUGUUUUUCCUUCUCAAGUUAAAUAUGCAAGUUAAAUUUUUCCUGUGUCUGUAAAACUGAUAAUAUUCCCUUAAUUAGAAAAUGUUAGCAUGUACACACACUAAGCUAAGUUCUUAUGCUGACAUGAUAAACGACACCUCUGCAUGUUAUUGUUGGAAAUAUAUUAGCAUGCUAAAGCCUUACUGUACCCUGAUGUAGCCAACAAGAGCCGCUCGCAUAGCUGCAGAGCUUUAAUGAUUUUAUAAUUUAUUAAAAUAAAAAAAAAUUUAGAGCUUUUUAGAAGUAUAAGCCACAGCAAACAGGCUGUUGCUAUUUCGUUUGUCACAGGAAGUUGUGGUCGUGAUAGCGUGAGGACAAGGAGAUCACGAUUGCAAGAGUUCACACAGGCUGACAGUAUUUACCAAAGUACUCUUUCUCUAUCCCCCCCCGUGGCCUUUUCUCAAACUCGCCUGUGUCUUUACCCCUCAUGUACAUAACCCAACUGCUGCACUGGCUUCUGUGUAAAUGCCUCCUUGGUGGUUUAGUGUUUACCAUGGACACUGGUGCCACAGUAACAUUUCACCCUCCAGUUUCUCCAGAUACCUCUGCGUUAAACAUGUGCCAGAUAUAUGUUAGCGACAAUAUAUAUAUAUAUAUAUAUAUAUAUAUAUAUACAGAAGGAAUAAGUAUAGCCGACUUCAGAAGUGGCUGAAAAAAAACUACAGGUGAAGGGUUUAAGAAUAAUUAACUUAGUGUAUAAUUGCAGGAGGAGAAUUGAGUGUGAACUUUCAUGUUGUUUUCAGCUCAUUUGAAACCUAUUCUUUAGAAUGUUUAAAUAUUGGCAGGUUAAUGUUUGAAGUGGAGCCUGUUGCUGUUGGACGCAGGUCUCUCUUCUCUAUUCAAUACCCAUUCAUCUUUCCAUUGCCAAUAUACAAUGGGUGUGUCUCCUAUGGGGCUUGGUUUUCAUUAUGUCUUUGGAAUCCAGACCGCACCUCUCUAUUACAGUCAGGAGUUAAAUAUGUCUCAUUGCCUGUGCAUAUAUGCAAUGACCAGUAAUCCGACCUCUGAUUAGGAAGUAGCCAAACAAUCUGAAGUGCAUUUAUUGCCGUUAUUUGUUCACUUAUAGUUCGAUGUUAAUCUUGUAUUAGUGCAGCUGGCAGGAGUUAUAGCAUCACUUUACUGUGUUUUUAUAUCAAUGCUGUUUUGCACCUUUUUUCCUGUCUUGUGAUUGUUCAUUUUCUACAGAAACAAAAAGAAGUUAUGAUUGAAAUAAAACAAAUGCUAUUGCCAAA